AUGGCACAAAACAUAAAGGAGGAUCCGUUCCCUAUUGGAGGGAGUCUGAUAGCUUCUAGAGGCAUAUUAUUUCGAGCACUGGGCCUGCUAUAUAAGGACAGAGGUGCCAACGCCUUACCACAAUCUGUCGAGUCUCGUCAAAAAUUGGAGCUUGGAGGACCGAAACCAUCAUCAGCGGCAUUCGUAGUUAUAUCUUCAUUUGUGCGCAUUAUUUGUUUUAAAACAAGAUCAUGA